GGGAUGGAUCAAAUAUCUGGCCUCCGCCAAUGCCCAGCUGGUGGCUCCGCCAGGAAGAGCGAGAGGUCGGGCUGUACAUGGAAGCCGACAUUCUCGAUGUGUUAUCCGGUUUCCAUAGGAAUAGUGCUGAAGGUUUUGCGCAUGCGUAGGCGCGUUAAUUACCAAUCUUGACCGAUCUCGCCGCUAUAAAACCUCCGCAGCAGCUCUGGAGAUCGUAACAUCCGAGCGAAAAGCAGCCUCACAAUGUCAGCUAGUGUCGGUGAGAUAUACGAUAGUCCAAAAAUUCCAGUAGACGCAGUAGCUUAGCUACUUAGAAUAGCCAGCGAUCGCUCAGUUGCAGCGUGCAUGGCAUAUAUAGCUUUUUUCUUUACACAGACCAUUUGCCGUAUGCAAGAGCUCAUGAUGAAAGCCGCAGCGAUGUUCACCUUCCACCGCCACCUGCUGCAGCAACGUUUUAUGACGGACCCAGAACCGUCUGCGUGUCCGAAGACUCUCUACCGGUCGCCUCCACGGCUCUCCAGCAGCUGUGCAGCGCGCAACAGCAGGCAGGAGAUUCCGUCCAGCGCAGAGAGACCGUUACAUUGGAAGAGCGUCCACCAUCACUCCCUCCCCGUUCUCCCUCUCCACUCGAGAGGCCUUCAUCCUCACUCUCUUCUGCCUCUGAGGAAAACUCGGAGCUUCUUUCUGGGACGAAACCACCCGGUCGGCAGCACAUUCAGCGAAUGUUAGAGGACCUCUUUACCUCGGACUCCAGUGAUUCUGAGGAGAAUAUGGAGACAGUUUUGUCUGCUGUGUUGAAGGAUCCACUUGAGAGCAGUAUGGAGGGUAUUGAGGACUUAGCCACCGGAAUACUCCGAACUGGGAAGCUAUCUGUCCAGGGAGAAGCUGGAGAUAUGUCGAAACUACAGCCUAUGCUGCUGGGUCUCCAAGCCUCGGAACGAGAAACGGCGACAGCUCCUCCCUCAACUGAUGCAGGUCCCCUUCUUCGAGCAGGUGGAGACCGAGCACGACAGGGCUUGGAUCUGGAGUGGGCAGGGACUUGUCCCCGAAGACUUCCUCGCCUGUGGGCACAUCAGGCUGGGUCUCCCGAUCGAUAUGGCUAUCUACCACCUCCUUCGUAGACACUGUGCCAAGGGUGCCCGACAGGCCGAAGCCAUCAUCCAACUAUCGCAAACAGUCGACUACAUGAAGAACCUCGGUACGAACCUCCUGCCGGCUCUGAUUUGCUCGGCAACCGUCCUCAGCUCACCGUCUCCACCUCUUCAUGACAGGUUCAUGUUUGCGGUAACGAUGGGGGAGAUAAACGAACAGACCGUUUCUCGGUCAAAGGGGCAGAAGGUGAGCAAGGACAGUGGCGUGGUAGGUGAUAAUGUCACCGACUCGAACCAUUUGCAACCACCACUGAAAUCCCCCACUCACAGCAGAAAUGGCCUGCAUAAAAACCUGAAGGACACGAGUGGUUCUUCUCUACUUUCGUGCAGCCACUCGCAAAACUCAUCCACGAGUCUCAUCUCUCGAUCCCCUCUUUCUUCGACUUCCUCCCUGCCAAUGGUUCACUCGAUGUCGGUUGACACUGGUGGCGACAAAAUGAUGGAGGCGAUCGCUGAAGCCUCUUCCCAGUCGCGCGAUUCUCUCUCCCCUCUGUCUCCUGGCGGUGCUCAGCGCAGACGCAAGACAAGUCUCUACCAUCCAUCUUCCGUAAGUUCCGAGACAUCAGACGAAAGAGUCAGCAUCAGCAGCCUCCCAUCGAGACUACUGUUCGACCGCAACCAGUGGAACACAACCGUUCUGGACAACAACACCAUCGUGGCAAUGUUCGGAGACAAUACCUACCCAAUGCUCACCUGGAACCCUAAACUGAGACUGGAUUUUGAGAUCAGCUCGCAGAUGGGGCCGCCGGGAGUGGUCGUUGCCGUCGAUCCAGAAACGCCCAUCCUCAACGUCCGACUGCACAAUCCGACACCAUACCGAGUCGGGUUUUCGAUCCGAGCUCAUCGUCAGACAAGUGUGUACAGCUCGCACGUCAUCUACCCACAGAGUGGCCUGCACAUGCUGGAGAAGUCUCAGUGCUGGGAGGAGAAUGCCGACAUUCACCAGGACUCCCCCGACAAGAACGAGUACGUGAUCGUGGAGCUCUUCUUUGCCACACUCGAGGGCGGAAUGCCUUCCUGGAAUGUAAUCAGGAAGUACGCCGUCAUGAAAGCAAACAAAAAGCGGCAGACCCAUGGCAGACCUUCAAGAGGAAACUCCCACUUCCAGAUGCCCGGAACAGCAGAGAAGAAGGUGAGACUGAGUCUAAAACAAUAUAAAUCUCUCUUGUAACGGAAGAUUUCGAGCUAAUCCUUUUUCCGUGGAGUCUAAAGUUGUAUCCAUGAAUUUCUACCCACAGUAUAGCAAUCCACGAGUUUCUCAGAAACAUUACACCUGCCACUAAAUGACAAACUUUUGUCAAAUUCCCACCACACUGUAUAUACAGUUACCAUUUCUUCUUGUCCUUUAUCCUCUCUCAUUCUUCUUCCACUACUCUUUGUUACGCAGCACGAGAACCUGAAGCAGGUGAUAGCUCAUGGGCUGCAGUGUGUGGUCAAGAACAAGCACAGUGCGGCCGAGAUCAUCUUCACCCAGGCCCUCUUUCUCCCAGACUUCCAGAGGAUCGAACUGAAGGCAUUUGUCUACAUUUGUCUGGCUGUGGUGGCCUAUCGCAGGCAAAAGGCCGGGUAAGCAACCUGACCCCUUUACAUGAUACACUUCUAUCCAGAAAGUCAGAGCCACACUUAUGCUGUAGAUAGUAGUAGACUAGUUGUCUUGCAAUGAAUGGGAGGGGGCUUUAUUUGGCUAACAAGCCAAUGCAGAGUAAACACUACAAAUAGCUACGCUACCCAUCUGUUAGGAUGUGGUCAAUUAUACACCUUCUCCCUAGUAUUAUUCAGUUGCCCCUAGUGAGUCCAAGAAGGAAACCAUUGUUUGUGGCUGCUUUCCUGCUGAAGCAUCACGCCCUAACAAAACCAACUGUUUAGUGCCAUCCCUCUAGAAGCUAACUUCCUUCAGUGUAUAUACUCUACAAAUACUGCUUGAAGUUUGUUAACCUAAACUAAUGCACUUGACACAUGCUUAAACUACAUGCUUGUCAUACUGAAACAAAUCUAGUAGCCAAAAGUAUGUGAGUAAGACAGCUUUCCUGGAAAUGCUAUUGACUGCAUACUUACUGUUACAACCUGGGUACUGGUAUGGUCUAAUACUUUGGUCCCUGAUAUAAUAUUUUACAGGCCUUUCCUAGUCAUUUCCUUCUGAUAUGUAGACACUCAUCUUGCCCAUUGCCACCAGUAAUAAACCAGGUCUGCACUUAAACCUAUUCAUGGGAGGAGAUGCAUCAGUGGUGUAGUGUUGUGAGGCUAGGUGGAAAGGUGUUCUUUCGAGUUCACUAUGUCAGUCCCAAGUGGCUUUUAACCUUAGGAGGGUGCAUCAAAACAGUAACCACCACAUACUACACGAUAUUAUAACUGCUAGGCACUAUGUCUUACUAUACUUUUUGUAUGUUUCACCUUCAUCUCUAACUCUUCCCUUUCUUUUAACCUUGUAUGCAGAGAGAUAGAAAGUCUGACACAUUCUCUCAACCUGGUCAACUCCGUCGACAAGUUGAUUGACACGUGCGAAGCUCCCCGCACCAUUCGCAUGCCCCGCACCAUCCAGCUGGUGAAACAGCUAAGGAAGGAGCUCAACUUCUCAGACAUUGUCAGGAACAUGAGGAAAAAGGGUAAAAUACUAUGUGUGUAAGAGGAAAUCAUAGUAGCAGCUGACUUUGUUGGUUUCAAGUAUAUAGCUCUCAGGAUUUGAGUGGGUGGUUGGGUGCAGCAUCCCUUUAACAUACUUCUACAUGUAUCCCUUGGCUCAAGGGUCAAAACUACACAGUGCUUGCCUUCUUAUUGUAUGCGAGGCCUUUUGUCUUGUGUUUUGUUAAUUUCGCAUUAUGCACUGACAAGUGCUAUUGUUGAAUCCAUGUACACAAGGGUUACUACCUUUCCUACGACACAAAGGGAUUAACGAUACAUUCUUGUCUCACUACUGUAAACAUCACACUCUUUCCUACCAUUUAUUUCUUUUCACAGAUCGCCCCAAACAGCGGAGACUGGUCCCCCACUACCACACAGAGGGCUCCACCACCCUCAUGACCGAAGAGGGCGGCUUCCUCUCGCACAGAUCAACAACUCUCCUAGUGCCACAUGGCGCCCUACACGCACAGACGGAGGUCACUCUCUCCAGCCACGACCACAAGCAGCUCGAGGCCAUGCUGGCAUCCGCCGGCUGGGACAAGACUGUCUCCAUCGUCUGCGCCGUCAACAUCGAGUGCGAGACCUCUGCCGGGAGAUUUCGGCAACCCGUCCAAGUCAGGUCGACCACUCCGGAAAAAUUCACACGCAACCUCUCAAUUGCUACUUCUCCUCUCCUCCUGCUGCACAGCAACUACCUGAGAAAGUGGGACGACAUCACCCAGGAUGCGUCGACCUCGGUAUCACUGUCGGACGGUGCGGUCUCGGUCGCCACCGAUCGCACAGGGUGGCUUGCCGUGGCUGUCAUUGACCUAGACCGGGCUCGUGUCGCUGCCAUGGCAAUGCAGGCGCUGUCCAUUUCCCCCGCCACAUUCCAAGUGUGCAUCUUUGGGCAAAGUUUCCCCGAUAACGUCAUGCAGAUUACGGUGGCCAUUUCGCCGAGCAAGGAAGAAGGUGGUGGCGGAGGUGAGCAGAAGGGCGAGAAGACAUCAGAUUCCUCCGAGACACACACAGGAAGUAACAUGGACCACGCCAAAAUCUCCUUCCCGUACCUCAUCCAGGCCUAUCCGGGUGAGCGACUUCGCUGCAGGCUGAAGGGGAGUUUUGAACCCGACACCGAAUCGGGUGAGACCGACCUCGAUUUUCGCUUCAAGGCCACCCAGUCGCACGAGUGCCUCAGCGGGAAGUUUGUCCGGCUCACUGUUCCGUUUGGGAAGGCCCGCGGGGGGGAAGAUGAUCAUAUCUCGACACGUGACGGGGGGCAGUGGUGACGACGGAGACUGUUGGGAGGACAUUGCGGACGUGAGUAUCCACUUGUCAUCUGCUAGUACAGCCAGUGGAACAAAAACGACCAGCAAAACAAGUCGAUCUAGAAAAUAAUUUUUACGCCGUGUUUUUUGUGUAACCAGUUUGUUCACAUUUUUUGGUUUUGUUUGUUUCCUGAUCUGUCACUUGAAGAAAUUUAUUCCCUCAAAAUACAAAAUUUGUGGUGCAAAACUAAUGUAUGGCA